UUAACCCAAAUCUCAAUGCAAGAACUGCAAAUCUCCCCCCAUCACUCCAAUCUCUCUCUCUCUCUCUCACUGGAUCAUCUCCAUCAAACACACAAUUCUGCGGUAAAUCUAUCUCAUGUCGUCUUCAUCGUCGUCUUUCACACUCUAUUUGUUACAGAGAUGAUCAGCAAGGAGCGUCAACCUGAAACCCUGGAUUUCUUCAUUUGGACAGUUGAGGAUGUUGGGUUGUGGUUGGAAGAGAUAAAUUUGGGAAGUUAUCGUCAAAUAUUCAAAGAAAUUGGUGUAAAUGGGGAAUACUUAGAAAGCAUGUCAAUGUUCACGACAGAACAGAUACUUAGGUUUAUAAGACGAUGUCACAUGAAAUGGGGGGACUUUAUAACCCUUUGCAAGGAACUGAGGCGAAUUAAAGUGGCUUGUUUGAAAGGAGAACAAAGGGUACGAAGGCCAUGGUGGGCACCUCCUUGUUUGGCGGUUGUUUUCGUCAAGUCUGCGAAGAGUAAUCGGCAAGCCAGAGUUGUGUCGCUGAAGCUUGAACCUUAAUGGAUUUUUCUCUUUUCUAUGUAUGUAAUAAUAUGUAUGUAUGUAUGUGUGUAAUUCUCACUUGUUUCAUGGCUUUAAUCAUCAAAUUGGAGUAAAAUUCAUCUUUUGGCUCUUCGAUGUAGAAUUUAUGUGAAUUUCUUUCCUAUUUUAUUAGCUUUUUUGGUUUUAUGUUUGGUUUUAUCAAUGUUUUCUUGUUUUAAAUGCAUGUAUACAACUUUGUAAUGAAAGGAGUGCAUUAUGAUCAGGAUAUAUAUGAUAUAUCUAACCAAUAUUAGUC